GGUAAAGUUAGAAACCGAUAACCAAAACUCUUCCUUUCUCGCAUUCCUCUCCGCCUCUCGUUUCAGCCCCCGUCGUCGUCUCCACGAUCGACGACGCUUCACCUCCGACCACCACCGAUCCUCACUCCGAGUUCCGAUUCCGGCAAAUCCCCCUAUUCUCUACUCAAAUUCUCGAUCUUUCCCCUCUAAUUCAAAACCCUAAUUUUCGAAUUUCGCACCAAGAUCUAGUCUUUAUCGAUGGACGCGACUAGGGUUUGCUCGGAGGUUCCCGGAUCUUCGAAAUCGACCGUCACCUCUCUCACGGAGUCGACCUCUCGCACGGAGACCAUCAACGGCUCACACGAGUUCAAGAUCAGCGGCUACUCUCUCGCCAAAGGGAUGGGGAUAGGCAAGUACGUGGCUUCCGAUACGUUCAUGGUCGGUGGAUACUCGUGGGCGAUCUACUUCUACCCGGAUGGGAAGAGUCCUGAGGAUAACUCUGUCUACGUGUCUCUGUUUAUAGCUUUGGCGAGCGAAGGGGCUGAUGUUAAGGCUUUGUUUGAGCUGACGCUUGUGGAUCAGAGUGGUAAUGAGAGGCAUAAGGUUCAUAGCCAUUUCGGUAGGACUCUUGAGAGCGGGCCUUAUACUCUUAAGUACAGAGGAAGUAUGUGGGGAUACAAGCGGUUUUUCAAGAGGACGCUUCUGGAGUCAUCGGACUAUCUCAAGGACAAUUGCCUCUUGGUCCGGUGCUGUGUGGGCGUGGUGAAGUCACAUACCGAGGGACCGAGGAGUUACAAUAUCCCGGUGCCGGUUUCCGACUUGGGUCAUCAGUUUGGAAAGCUUUUGGAGAGUGGAAAAGGUGUUGAUGUUACAUUCCAAGUUGAUGGUGAAACGUUUCCUGCUCACACGUUGGUUCUUGCAGCUCGUUCUCCAGUUUUCAGGGCACAGCUUUUUGGCCCGUUGAAGAACCAAAAUACCAAACGCAUAGACAUAGAAGACAUGGAAGCUCCCAUUUUCAAGAUGUUCCUACAUUUUAUCUACUGGGACGAGUUGCCUGAUAUGGAAGACAUAAUGGGGACAGACUUGAAAUGGGCAUCGACCCUUGUGGCUCAGCAUCUUCUUGCAGCUGCAGACCGUUAUGCACUUGAGCGGCUUAGAACAAUCUGCGAGUCAAAACUCUGUGAAGGAAUCAGCAUAAACACAGUAGCGACCACCUUGGCUUUGGCAGAGCAGCAUCAUUGUUUCCAGCUAAAAGCUGCCUGUCUCAAAUUCAUAGCGUUGCCACAAAACCUGAAAGCUGUGAUGGAAACGGAUGGGUUUGAUUAUCUCAAGGAAAGCUGCCCGUGCUUACUAAGUGAGCUGCUGGAGUAUGUAGCUAGGCUGAGUGAGCAUUCUUUAACAUCAACGGGGCAGAGGAAGGAGUUGUAUGCUGAUGGUGGUGACGUGAAUGGGAGACGAGUGAAGCAGCGGUUACACUAAGUAACUAACUUUGAGGAAGAGACUGAUCAUGUUGGAGGAAACAUCUUUGGUAAACAGAAUUGUAGAAGAGUGGAGAUUUGUUGUGUAUUUGUCAUUUGUAAAAUGAUCAGUGAUUAAUGAUCGGUGUUGUGUCUAGCACGUAGAAUGAAAUGUUGUUUUUGUAUUUUUUGUACUUUUUUGCCCUAAAGGGUAUUGACUAAAACCGCUUCUCUCAAUGAAAAGUUUCAUGCAACCUAAGUGAUGAAUCGAGGACUUGUGAAAGUU